AGCACUCGUAAUAUGUUGCGCAAGAUAACAAGCAGAUAUUGAACUUUUGAAUGUGUAUAAAUAAUAACGAAUUUUCGACAUCUUUAGGGUGUCAGUAGCGAUUCCACAGAAAAUCAUGCCGCUUGUGUUGCACUGUAUUGACGGUAGCCCGCCAAACAGGGCCGUGUAUCUCUGCCUAAAAGCCCUGGGACUAGAAGCUACCAAGAAAACCGUUAAUCUGUUCAAAAUGGAGCAUCACAACCCAGAGUUUUUGAAGCUAAAUCCUCAACACACCACUCCUACUCUUGAGGAUGACGAUUUUGUCAUUUGGGAUAGCCACGCUAUUUGUUGUUACCUUGUGAACAAGUACGCCAAAGAUGACUCGCUCUACCCGACAGACCCACAUAAAAGGGCUAUCGUCGACCAGCGCCUGCAUUUUAACAGCGGCUUUUUGUUUCCACGGUUCUUCAACAUUUCAUUCCCACUGAUUUUCUUGAAAUGCAAGGAAAUUUCCGAGGAGAAGCAGAAGGCGGUGAAGGAAGGCUUUGCCUUCUUGGAAAAGUUCUUGGAAGGAAACGAUUACCUCGCUGGCCCUUCAUAUACUUUGGCGGACAUUUGUUGCGUCGCAACCGUGUCAACAUUGGUGGAAGGCCUUCGCUGUAGCGUCGAUAGCUACCCAAACGUUCAAGCCUGGAUGAAGCGAUGCCGUGAAAAUUUGCCAGGGUAUGCAGAGGUCAACCAACCGGGACUCGAUGCAUACAAGCGUGCGGCUGAUAGGGAGCUUGAUUGAUCUAUUUUUAAGUGCUACCAGCAUUCAAACAAUCGAAUGUAUGUUAUCUGAUUUCAACGCAAUAUGCCUUUUAUAUCUGCAUUAUUAAUUAAAUUAUUUGAAUUCAACUGGUAUGAAAAUAAUUUGCAACUUUUGAAAUAAAUAUUUGAAGUAAUCGCAUG